AUGCAGGAUGCGGCACCAAUCACGGACACUGCAUUGGACUUCCACAACAUUGCAGACGUGUCAGAGAUGAGCGGUGUUGUUCGGGAGACGAGCUCCGAAGUGCAGACCCUGAAGAAGGAAGUCGCUGCUCUGCGCGCCGAGCAGGCCGAGCUGCAAUCAAAUUUCAGCAGCGUGAGCAAGCAGCUGUUUGAGCGCGUGGCGGCUCUGGAGAAGGCUCGAGAGACCGCGAACACCGGUGGCGUGUUGGGUGCGCCUGGCCAGCCAGACAUGGCCUUUCCAUCCAAGCGGGUUGACUCUAGUCCCGACCCGGGACUCAGAGACACCGCGGCCUCCCCCCUUGCAGGAUUUCGCCAGACCUCACGGAUUGGGCCCAACGAGGAGGCAGCGCCGCCGCAGCAGCACCAGCGUGAACCCCACUACGCACCUGCAUCGCCGUCACCCGCCCCCGCUACUGCACAGCCGCAUCAGCCUAGCGUGCCACCGGGCCGGGACGCGGCGUACUAUCAGCCGGGCACAUCCCGACCUGCCCCGCCGCUACGACCUGUCGCGCCCCUUCCUGCUGUGCCUCGCCCGUCCGCUCCCAUAUACCAAGGCUUCACUGCUAUGCCACCUUAUGCUCCACCGCCCGGUAUGCCAUUUUACUGGCAGGGCGGUCCCCCGCAGCACGCACCCCCGCCGAAGCAGUCGUACCCACCGCCAGCCAUCCCGAGUAGCAGUGGCGCGGGUGAAGGCGGCGGGGAAUGGAUGCAUGACGUCGGAGCCGAGGCUGGUGCAGCUGGAGCUCCUUCCGAUGCCUUCACCGGUGGGCGUGCAAAGUCCAGAUACGCGGGUGUUACCGGGGGGGGAGAUGCUUGGUUUGCCAAGCUCUUGAUGCCGGCCCCUAAUAACCCCAUUCGCAUGGGGCCUUUCCCGAGCGAGGAAGAGGCAGCCAAGGGAUACAAGGCUGCCGCUGUGGUGGUUAGGCCCCAUGGUUAUCGCAUCCAGCGCAGUAUUGAGCUGACCCUGUCGGAGUAG